AUAAACUGUGUGGAUAAGCACAGACAGACACUGCCAACCUGUGCAAAGGUGAUUCCCACAGCUGAAAGAAAGAAGCAUUUUUAGAACAAAAUAAGCUUUUCAUGUCGCAGGACCUGAAGCAAAGCAUAUUCCAGUAUGCUUAAGCUGUGUGUACUUCAAUUUCUGCUUGUCAUUCACUCGGCUAUGUGCCUUAAUCUGGGGGACCUGCAUGUAACUGGGCCUCUGAAGGACAUGAAUUUCUCUAUUCCAGAAGGAGGGGGUGUGCGCAUCCUUUACCAGUUCACAUCUGAGCCACCUGCUGUGACAUUCAGAUUGUCUGGUGAUAAAGAUGGAAUAAUAGACAUUGCGCCGGAGAAGGGCAUCCUGUAUCUCAAUGGGUCUCUGGAUUGGGAGACCAAACCCGUGCACUGGCUGCAGGUGGAAAGUCUGGAUGUAAAUGGAAAUGUAGUGAAAGGUCCAUAUGCUGUUACAAUAUAUGUGGAGGACAUCAAUGACAACCCACCAGAAUUUGACCAGAUAACAUAUACUGGAGUAGUGAGGCAGAACUCUCGUCCAGGCAAACCCUUCAUGUAUGUCCAUGCCACUGACCGCGAUGAUCCUGCAACUCCCCAUGCACAGCUGACGUACAGCAUUCUCCAUCACUUUCCCAACCCUUAUAAAGAAAUGCUUUUCCAGAUCGAUAAUGUAACAGGAGCCAUCUCACCGAGUAGGACAGGCUCUUAUUACUUAGAUCCUCAAAAGCAGGACACCUUCACACUUGUUGUUUCCGUGAAGGACAUGGCAGGAAUGUCAACAAAUGCUUUCACCAGCAGUGCCGAUGUGAUCAUCCAUGUGAAGGAUAGCCUGUGGAAAGCUCCCCCCACCAUCCGCAUCCAGGAAAACUCAACCCAGGUCCAUCCUGUCAACAUCAGCCAGGUGCAGUCAAAUGAGGCAAAUGUAACUUAUGACAUUUUUGAAAAAGAAAAGCUGCCCAGGCUCCCAUUUUCCAUCAGUCAGGAUGGGGUUAUUUAUGUGACCAAGCCAUUGGACAGGGAAGAAAAGGAUACUUAUACAUUCUUUGUGGUUGCAAAAGAUAACCAGGGAGAACUGACGGACAAACCUUUGCAAAUUCAUGUUAUUGUGGAAGACAUUAAUGACAAUCCCCCUGUGUGCAAGCAGGCCCUCACUGUAAUUGAAGUUCAAGAAAAUGAAGUUGGAGGAAGCAAUAUUGGCACCCUGUUUGCUACAGACAUGGAUGAGGAGAACACCCUUAACUCUCGCCUGCGGUUCAAAAUCAAAAGUCAGGUUCCUGAAGUUCCCACAAGCAAUUUGUUCUAUAUUCAGCAAGACACCGGGGUUUUGCAGUUGACUGGUCGUUCCUUAAGCAAGUUCUAUGCAUCCAACUAUUCGUUGGAGGUGCUGGUGACAGAUGGAGCAUUUGAAACAAUCUGUGACGUGGAAGUACAUGUCAUUGACAUCAAUGAUCAAAUUCCCAUCUUUGAAAAAUCAGAUUAUCACAACGUGACCAUUGCAGAAAGUGUCCCAGUAGGAACUGUGAUAUUAGAAAUUCAAGCUCACGACGGAGAUGAGCCUGACACAGGGAGCUCCCUCAUCAUCUACCAAGUGAAGGAAGGAGAUCCAAACAACACGUUCAUUAUAGACACAGAUGCUAAAACAAACCGAGGGUUCAUCAAGAUUAACAAGGCUCUUGAUUUUGAAACACAGCCAGUGUACAACCUGGUGAUCAAUGCCACAAACCCCGAACCGCUGGUGCCAGGAGUACAGUACAACUCAAGUUCCCUUACCUUGUUUAAAGUUUUCUUAACAAAUGAGGAUGAGCCACCUGUUUUCCUCAAGCCAGUUUACAAAGAAGAAGUGUCUGAAGAUGUUCCUGUCAAUACCCUGGUCACGACUGUGGAGGCCUAUGAUCCUGAGGGGGAUUCUGUACGAUACUCCUUAGAAGGUGAUGUGAAGAAAUGGCUGAGAAUUAAUUCAAUCACUGGGCAGGUAUACACUGCUUCCCGUUUGGAUCGAGAAGAAACAGAAAUGUACACAAUAGAUGUUGUUGCAACAGAGCUGAAUAACGCAGCUCAGAAAUCCAGAACAUCCUUGAUUCUCCACUUACAGGAUGUGAAUGACAACCUUCCAUAUUUAGUUAAGGAUAAUCCUGCUUUCUUCUGCUACCCGGUCAGGGGAGGAGAGAGAACUCUGAUUCAAGCUACUGAUGCUGAUGAACAGUGGUUUUAUUCAAAAUUUACAUUUUCCCUUGCGGAUGAUAUUAAUACAAGAAAUAAUUGGGAAAUCUCAAAAGUCAAUGCUACUCAUGCUUACCUCUCUCCAAAACAUCCUAACUUUGAAGAGAAGAUUUAUAACGUUCCAAUAAUACUUAAUGACAAUGGAAAACCAGCUUUGGAAAACAAGGUGCAUCUUAAAGUAAACAUCUGCAAGUGUUCAAGUGAAAAGUCGUGCUUUGUGGAAGUAGAGCGUCAGCACUCCUUGCCAACUGCUGGGCAGGCAAUUGGGAUUCUAAUUGCUGUCCUGCUCAUCAUUGGUGCCAUUUUAGGGGGUGCAUUUUUCCACAUAAAAUACAAACAGAAAAAUGAAAAGAGCCAUCACAAAGAUGCAACAGAUAGUGCUGAACUCAACAGACUGACUUAAAGACUGUUUCAUCAAGUGACAAAAUGUGGCAAAAAUGCCCUUUGGGUUGUGAGUAAGUGAACUUUGCAGCUCCCAAAGCCCAGAAGUCUACUAUCACAAACUGAGGAUAAAAACAUGUUAAAGCAGACUCCCAGGGGUUUGGCCUCACUUUUGUAUGUCAUACUAUUCAGUCACAAAACAAAAAACAUACAUGGUCUUCAGCAGCAGCCACUAUAAGCAUAUCAGCUUUGACUGAAGUGUUAACACUAAAUGCUGAGCUCCUGCAAGGAUCAAAACAUGGGACAAUCCUUCUUUGUUUGACAACUGAAGUAAAUAUGGACUUUACAGAGGACUACAUUUUAUUGACCUGCACAUACUUGUCUCUUUCCAUCUC